UGUCAUUGCUUAGUAACAAUGGGGAAGAUAAUGGCUGCUUAAGCUACGCCUCAGAGCAAGCGCUGGGUUAGAGGCGGGUCUCCAGCAGCCACUCUGUCAGAGGCGGGCUUGAGAGCUGCUGCCGGGGAGGCGCCCAGGAGCCUGAGUGGCGUUGGUCGAGCUGAGAGUGAGCCUAAAACCGGAACAGAGUGAAGAAACUAAAAUCCAGUUUGUGUUUCAAUACUAUGUCAUAACAGUCAGGUAAUUUUCCACUUGUUCAUCAAGAUGGAAAACUCAGAUUCUAACGAUAAAGGAAGUGGUGACCAGUCUGCAGCACAGCGCAGAAGUCAAAUGGACCGCUUGGAUCGGGAAGAAGCUUUCUAUCAAUUUGUAAAUAAUCUUAGUGAAGAAGAUUAUAGGCUUAUGAGAGAUAAUAAUUUACUAGGCACUCCAGGUGAAAGUACUGAAGAAGAGUUGCUGAGAAGACUACAACAAAUUAAAGAGGGUCCACCUCCUCAAAACUCAGAUGAAAAUAGAGGUGGAGAAGCUUCAGAUGACGUAUCUAAUGGUGACUCUAUAAUAGACUGGCUUAACUCAGUUAGACAAACUGGAAAUACUACAAGAAGUGGACAGAGAGGAAACCAGUCUUGGAGAGCAGUGAGCCGGACUAAUCCAAACAGUGGUGAUUUCAGAUUUAGUUUAGAGAUAAAUGUUAACCGUAAUAAUGGGAGCCAAAACUCAGAGAAUGAAAAUGAGCCAUCCACAAGACGUUCUAUUGGAGAAAAUACAGAAAACAACAGCCAAAGGCAAGUGGAAAAUGCACAAUCUGAGUCAACAUCUGGAAGACCGUCUAGAUCAGAACGAAAUUCAGCUGAAACAUUAACUGAAGUUAUACCUACCAGAGGUCAGAGGAGGGCAAGAAGCAGGAGCCCAGACCACAGGAGAACCAGAGCAAGAGCUGAAAGAAGCAGGUCACCUCUGCAUCCAGUAAGUGAAAUUUCACGAAGAUCUCAUCAUAGUAUCUCAUCUCAGACUUUUGAGCAUCCUUUGGUAAAUGAGACUGAGGGAAGUUCUAGAACCCGGCACCAUGUGACAUUGAGACAGCAAAUAUCUGGACCUGAAUUACUAAGUAGAGGUCUCUUUGCAACUUCUGGAACAAGAAAUGCCUCUCAAGGGGCAGGUUCUUCAGACAUAGCCACCAGUGGUGAAUCUACAGGAUCAGGACAGAGGCCUCCAACCAUAGUCCUUGAUCUUCAAGUCAGAAGAGUUCGUCCUGGAGAAUAUCGUCAGAGAGAUAGCAUAGCCAGCAGAACUCGGUCAAGGUCUCAGACACCAAAUAACACUGUCACUUAUGAAAGUGAACGAGGAGGUUUCAGGCGCACAUUUUCACGGUCUGAGCGGGCAGGCGUCAGAACCUACGUUAGCACCAUCAGGAUUCCAAUUCGUAGGAUCUUAAAUACUGGCUUAAGUGAGACUACAUCUGUUGCGAUUCAGACCAUGUUAAGGCAGAUAAUGACGGGUUUUGGUGAGCUAAGCUACUUUAUGUACAGUGAUAGCGAUUCAGAGCCUAGUGCCUCAGUCCCGAGUCGAAAUAUGGAAAGGGUAGAGUCACGGAAUGGAAGAGGGAGCUCUGGUGGUGGUAGCAGUUCUGGUUCCAGUUCGAGUUCAAGCUCCAGUUCCAGUCCUAGUUCCAGUUCCAAUGGAGAGAGUUCAGAAACUAGCUCAGAGGUAUUUGAAGGCAGUGUUGAAGGAAGCUCAUCAGGUGCCAGACGAGAGGGUCGACAUAGGGCUCCAGUUACAUUUGACGAAAGUGGUUCUCUUCCCUUCCUUAGCCUGGCUCAGUUUUUCCUCCUAAAUGAGGAUGAUGAUGACCAACCUAGAGGACUCACCAAAGAACAAAUUGACAACUUGGCAAUGAGAAGUUUUGGUGAAAAUGAUGCAUUAAAAACAUGUAGUGUUUGCAUUACAGAAUAUACAGAAGGCAACAAACUUCGUAAACUACCUUGUUCCCAUGAGUAUCAUGUCCACUGCAUCGAUCGCUGGUUAUCUGAGAAUUCUACCUGCCCUAUUUGUCGCAGAGCAGUCUUAGCUUCUGGCAACAGAGAAAGUGUUGUGUAAUUAAGAUCUGAACUCUAAGCUGUGUGGCUGGAAUAGUGAUGGGCAAACCGGACUUGCUUGCUUUUUGUCCACUUUUUUGAGUGGUGCUUCAAUGUAAAGUGACAACCUGAGUUCAGUCAUUGCUUUCUAAAGAAACCUUGUCCGUUCUCAAAUGUUUCUUAUAGAAUAAAAGAAAAUGUUUAAAAGGCAAUGUUUUAGGGCCUAAAAGUUUGAUUUCAAUAUCAGAUGGUUUGAUAGUUUCUGUUACUGAUAAUUUAGUUAUGUACACUUAUAAGUUCUUCCUUUGUUAUCUUAAAAGGUCUACUUUAGCAAUGGCACCCAUCUGUUUCAUGUUGCUAUUUUACAGAUUGCCACAUCAUAGAGAAGCAAAGAAAAUUCCUGGUGAAGGCUAAGUUACAGUAUGUGUUUCAUAAUCAGUUACUUACAGCUAUGCCAUUCCCAGCUAUUAGUUGACACUUAAGUAAAGUCACAUUCUGAAUAUUAUUUGUUCACCUUUCAGAUUAGGUGAUGCUGGACACAUCAGUGUAAAUAACACUAAAGUUAGGAUCUUGUAAGUGUAUAACUGUCCUAAGCCCAUCACUGUGGCACACUGUAGAAUGACUUAUAGUUUAAUUGAUAUAUUUAUCUUGUGGAAAUAUUAAAAAGCUUAUGCUUGUGUAAGUGAAAAAAAUCACAUUCAUUUGUUUAAAAAUAUGUAAAGCUAUUUUGUAGAGGCUCAGUACUUUUCCAAUGCACUGUUAUAUUAAUGCAUUAAAAAUUGUAAAGUACCAUGCUUAGAAAUGAGGAAACUGCUUUUUGUGAGCCACCAUAGUCAAAACAAAACACACCAAACAAAGUACAAAGCUGCUUUUGUAAGUGUGUAGAUGUCAAGAGCAGAACAUAUCUAUAAUAUAUGUGAACAGCUACUGUGACAUGGAAAAGGAAGGAUUUUGCAGAAUCAAACUGCAUUAAAGACCAAUGGAAAGCAUAUAAUUUAACUUGGAUUUAGGCAGGAAGUGAAAGAUGGGAAUAGAGAAAACUGCUCUGAAAAAAUUUUCAUGAAGACCUUAAUACAUACAUGUACUGGUUUCUUAUGGUGAGAGCAGUAGCAGCUUGAACCUAGUAUUCUUGAGUAGAUGAGGCAGAACAUUAGUAUAUUUGGCAGCACUUUCUUUGGUUU